AUGCCGUUUGAUCGCUACGACUUGGCGGGCACUGCGAAUAUCAACGAGCUCGUCCUCCGACACGGCACCAUGAAGACGUCUGAUCUCAAAACUACUCGGCACCCAGCUCUGUACCAGCGAGUGAGGAGGCCGCACGAUCGCUCCUCUUCGCCCUUCAUGCUGGAUCGCUACCUUUCCAACCUCGUGCGCGCGCUUGUCCACCCCUUGCACAACUAUCUCCAGUGUCAUCACAGCCUGCACAAUGCAGACGAAGUGCAGGUGAUGCUCAUACCGAAGGAUGGGCCGAUAGCUCUUGCCGACAAGGCAGCCGUGCCGUCCCGCUCCUCAUCGUCCCAUGGAGGCAGCGGCGCUCUACGGCGCUGCUACGUUGCCACGAACAACGAAACGCUCACGCCAGAGAGUCUCCAGGCAGCCGUCGCUGACUGGGGUGUCGCAGGGGUGUUUCAGAUUGGUGAGUUCGUGCUGGUGACUGGGGAGAAGGGCUGCCACGCGGAGAAGAAGCUGCUCGAGCACUUAGAAACCAAAGUACUCUCCCACGCCGCCCCUCCGGUUCUUCCCACGGCAGACCAGAAAGCGCUUAUUGUCGGCGAGCGACUCCCAUGCGUGGCGUGCCGGCUCUUCGCGAUCGCAUUUGAAUCUGUUGCAGUGCUGCUCCCGUCCCACGGGCACCUUUACCUCUCCACUAUCGCCGCCGGCGUCGAGACACACGCGGCAGCCAAGAGUGGAAAGACAAAGGACAUUAACGCCAUGUUAGCCAGCCCGGCGGUGGCGGCGGCGCUGCUCCUGGCACCAAAAAACCGAAGGGCGCUUCGGUAG